AAGUCUAACCAUUUUAUUUUAUUUAAUAAAAUACAUAAAAUUCCUGUUUUUUCCGUUGUGCGCGUAUGAAAAGUGUAAAAAGAGAUUUGUGUAACAACUGAGUGACGGAUAUUGGGUUCGCCUGCAGACAAAGACACAUUAUUUACGACAUAUAUUGUGUAUUUGUCUUUUAUUUUUUGGUCGUUCGUACGUUUUGGCCCCCAACACAAUAGUAAAAAAGCCAACCUUGAGAAACACCCAGCACAACAGUUUCACUUUGUCUUUGCAGAUCUUGCCUGAAUACUGUAUAGAUAAAUAAAUAAAUAUAUAUCUAUAUAUAGAUACAUUGGAUUAUCUAUAUACAUAGAUAUAAAUAUACAUUUGUCUAUUGUUGAUCAACACAUUAAGAUUGUAAAAAAAUCGUGCGGAGGAGCCAUAGCAACAAUAUGGACAAAAUGCGGCUGAUGAAGGAUAACCGCCCCGAAGUAAUUGUCGGUGGCAAAUAUCGGGUGAUACGCAAGAUUGGUAGCGGCUCCUUUGGCGACAUCUAUCUGGGGAUGAGCAUUACGACUGGCGAGGAAGUGGCCAUCAAGAUGGAGAGUGCCAGUGCAAGGCAUCCUCAGCUGCUGUACGAGGCGAAACUGUAUCGCAUAUUGAGUGGCGGCGUCGGAUUUCCACGCAUACGCCAUCACGGCAAGGAGAAGAAUUUUAAUACGCUGGUAAUGGAUCUGCUGGGACCAUCGUUGGAGGACCUAUUCAACUUUUGCACGCGCCACUUUACAAUAAAAACUGUACUCAUGUUGGUCGACCAAAUGAUAGGUCGCCUCGAGUAUAUACAUCUCAAGUGCUUCAUUCACCGUGAUAUUAAGCCCGACAACUUUCUGAUGGGCAUUGGCGGUCACUGCAAUAAACUUUUCUUGAUCGAUUUUGGAUUGGCCAAGAAGUUCCGUGACCCACACACACGCCUACACAUCCUGUACCGCGAGGACAAGAACUUGACGGGCACUGCGCGUUAUGCAUCAAUCAAUGCCCAUUUGGGUAUUGAGCAAUCGCGUCGCGACGACAUGGAAUCGCUGGGCUAUGUGAUGAUGUACUUCAAUCGCGGAGUGUUGCCCUGGCAGGGGAUGAAGGCCAACACCAAGCAGCAGAAAUAUGAGAAAAUCUCGGAAAAGAAAAUGUCAACGCCCAUCGAGGUGCUCUGCAAGGGCUCACCGGCCGAGUUCUCCAUGUACUUGAACUAUUGUCGUAGUUUGCGCUUUGAGGAACAACCCGACUACAUGUACCUACGUCAAUUGUUCCGCAUUCUGUUCAGAACACUAAACCAUCAGUAUGAUUAUAUCUACGACUGGACAAUGCUGAAGCAGAAGACCCAUCAGGGACAGGCGAAUCCCGCCCUGUUGUUGGAGCAGUUGGAGCCACGCAACGAUCGGGAUAAGGAGAAAGAGAAACCCAACUGCAAACCUCUGAUAACAGAAUAAUUGGCCGACAGUCGUGAAGGAGAAGAGGAUGCAAGCGGAAAGCCGCUGAGUUUGUGUUUUAUUACGUGAUGAAGAACGAGCACAUACAUAUACAUAUAUAUAAUAAGCAAAAUAUAUGUGUAUAUGUAUACAUAUUAUGAAUGAUAGCAACAACAACAAGAAUAAGCAGCAGCAACAACAAUAAUAUCUUGCUUGCUGUUUGAAUGAUUUAGCAGCGGGAGAUAGGAUGUUUCUUAAUAUUAAUUUAAAUUCAAUACUAAACAAAUAAGAAACCAGUAUAAAUACAACAACAAAAAAACCAAGAUCA